GUCAAUUGGAUGGCGGUCGCGUUCUUCUUCGAGUUUGUGAUUGGUUUCUGCAAACUGGAGUAUUUUCUCCAGGGUAUCAUGUUGCAAUGCCAUCUUCCCAGCGCGCGUUCAGAUCCCGUCUCCGUUCAUACCUAGGCACUCUGCGUGCUACGGAAGCUUCCGAAGAGGGAGCAAGAUCCACGUGACUAGUUUCUUCGGCUUAGCUCAGCAACAUUAGUCUCAUUUCGGGCGAAAGACAUCCUCAUCAGGCUUAGUGCGGCUCGCUCCCCCACAAGUUUAGCCUUUUGCGGCUCUGGACCUUCCUCCAACCUCAUCUCCUCUUGUUCGUCGCCUCCUCGCGAUUUUCUCUCUUCUCAACUCUCAUCGGCAGCAGCAUCGCGUCCUGCAAGUAGUCAUCGUCCUUCAUCGUAAGAGAUAUUUGCCCAUCUCCCAUUUACUUCUUGUGCCCGUUCCCGUUCCCCCCUUUCCCCUUCUCUCCCUGUCCUGUCUUCCACUGAAAAAAAAGAAAAAAAAACUCUUGCGCCUAUUUGUUUCGCGUAAUAUUGGGGUCUGAUCUGGGACAAGGAGGCCAAGAAAGAGAUAUUUCCCAAACGAAAAGAAAAAGGAAGAAGAAAGAAAAGAGGUCCAACAACUUGCGUGUAUCCUCCUGUUUGAGCCUGUUACUUUGUCCAUCAAACUUCCAAAAUCCUUCCCUGGCUGAAGGUACCUUCUCUACCACCACUUACCACCAUAUCACAACCCCUCCGUCUCCCCUGUGGAUCAAAUUCUUAUCCCAGCAUCUCCCAAAAUUUCUCCUGGAGCCUUUCGCUCAAUACUGCUGAAACCAAAUCCAACCUUCUCACCUCAAUACAACAUCUAUCUCCAUUUCUACGUCGACUCCAUUUGCCUCUCCGCACCGUUUCCACCAUCUCCUGCUACCACUAUCCUCAUUCUUUGACUCUCAGCCUAUCUCCAAGCACCACCUCCUCUCCAACCGACCCACCAGCACCAGCAAGUUUUCCUUGGGAAAUCCCUGGUGUACAUAGCCGAUUCAGAAACAAAAGAAAACAAUUUAAAAGAAAAGAUAUUCAGAUCCUACUUCGAUCCUUGUUUUCCCAGUGUAGGUGAAGCAGCAGAAAAAGAAAAGAUAUCCAGACCCAGAGCAAGAAAAUCCCCGACGAACACCGUAUUUUAGCUCAGCAACCCCGAUACGAAUACAAAUAUGUCCGCCUCUCCGACUUCCGCCGUGGCGUCAACGAAACGUCCCCUAGAGGACCCCUCAUCUCCAUCAGGACCCACCGAUCAACCCGACGCCAAACGUCCCGCCCUGGAUAAGGUAGUAAAGGGCGGAGAAGAGGAAGAAUCUAAGGUAGUUCGAGAAGGUGACAGCUCUGCGACGGAGACCGCCAAGUCCGAUACUGCCACUCAACCCGCAGCUGCUGCCACCGGAGAAAAUGGCGUAAAGGACGAGCAAGGUGAUUUAGUUGUUCCCGAUGCUCUUCAUGCCAAUGGCAAGAACGCAUCUGCUGCUCAGAUACUGGAGACCCAGCCCAUUCAGUCCACAGCUUCUCAAAAUGACCGUUCAUCAUCGCAACCUCCUUCCCAGCAGGCCACUCAAGAUGAGAGUGGAUGGAUCCAUAUCCGAGCCGUGAUCUCUAGUGCUGAGGCGGCAACCUGUAUUGGCAAAGGAGGUGAAAAUGUUUCACAGAUUCGUCGUCUAUCUGGUGCCAAGUGCACUGUUAGCGACUACUCUCGUGGUGCAGUGGAAAGAAUUUUAACCGUCAGUGGCAUGCAGGAUGCAGUUGCUAAGGCUUUUGGUUUGAUUAUUCGUACUCUUAACAAUGAACCCCUGGAGGCCCCAUCCACAGCUCAGUCAAAGACAUAUCCUCUCCGCCUGCUCAUUCCCCAUCUACUUAUCGGCUCUAUCAUUGGAAAGUCUGGAGUACGCAUUCGCGAAAUCCAAGAGGCUUCUGGUGCUCGUCUCAAUGCUUCCGAUUCAUGCCUUCCUCUUUCCACAGAACGAACCCUUGUUAUCCUGGGUGUUGCUGACGCAGUUCACAUUGCAACUUAUUACGUUGCAGUGACUUUGGUAGAACAACUGACUGAAAGAUUUGGCGGACCUGCAGCUUCCGCUUAUGCCACCCGCAGUGGUGGUCCCGCUGGUGUCGUCCCUGGAGGUAUGCAGGUAGUUCCGUACAUCCCCCAACCAGCCGGCGGACAAUACGGGCAUCCAGAUACUUUCAAGAGACAUCAACCUCAAGCAAAUCGGGCUGUAUCCACCGGUGGGUACGGCGUACCGUACGUCCACGGCCAGCCGGGCCAGCCUCAAAUGCCACACCAAGCACUUCAUUACGGUUCUUCUUCCCGUCCCGGCUACACUGGAGCUGGUCCUCAUCAACCAGCACCUUACGGCGCUCCCCAGCCCACCCAAGUCCACGGUGCACCAACUGCUCAACCUGCUGGAGGAGUUGUCCCAGGAGCACCAGUGACACAGCAGAUCUUUAUUCCCAACGAUAUGGUGGGUGCUAUCAUUGGCAAAGGAGGCGCCAAGAUCAACGAAAUACGCCACCUCAGCGGCAGUGUUAUCAAGAUCAACGAGCCUCAGGACAACAGCAACGAGCGCCUCGUUACUAUCACGGGUACACCCGAGUGCAACCAAAUGGCUCUCUAUAUGCUUUAUUCCAGACUUGAGAGUGAGAAGCACAGAAUUUAGAACACUUACGGAGCUAUCUUCCCAGCUUUAUGUUUUCAUCUUUAUUUUCAUGUUGUUUCAUGUUGGUUCCCUCGCCUCUGGGAGUUGAUUGAAAAGUAGUUUUCCACAAAUUUGUUACCUUUCUUAUUCUACUCGCUCUCUGUAGCUCCCGUUGCAUGCCACGGCUUUUAGUGUCGUGUGAUUUGUUUUGUUCUAUUUUCCCCUUCUUAUAUUUCCUUUUGUCCCAUUAUUUUUCAAACUGACUGAUUUAUUUUUUCACCAUCCCAUUGAUUAAAUCUAUAGGCUGUUCUUCCCUUUUCUUCGUUAUUUCUUCCGGUGUAUUUUUACCCCGAACAAAUAUUAAUGGCAAAUCUCACUACUAACUCGAUUACCACAAAAAAUCGUUAAUUGUUUUAAACCCCUUAUCUCACAGCUGCGAGUUCAUGGAGAGAAGCUUGCCCUGGCACAUGUCUAGGAGGUUGGAACAGUGAUUGUACGAUCCGAUUAAACCAAGAGAACUACUGGACAGACGGAUAUAUACAAAUAUAUAUCUGUAUCAGAUCUCUUAGUUCGCCAGUGCAUGCGACAUGACGCCGAGGUAGCUCUGUACAGCUACGCAUUCUCCUUCCAAAAUUCCAAAAAGAAAUAACUUUGUCGCAUCCAAAAUUUUCAAAAUCCGUUUUUGAGGAAAAAAAAAAAAAAAAAAAAAAAAAA